UCUUUCAAACCCCCCCCUCUAUAAAUAAUAAUUGCAUUCUCAUCAUUCCAUUCAUCCAUCCAUCUUCUGCGCUUUGUUUUUUUGUUUGUGAACAACAUGCAUUACCAAACCACGCCAUCUUGGGGGUGCUAUAUGGCCACCACCGCCGCCGUCGAGGAUCCGGUCGAGCGGAUAGAGCGGUUGGCAGCCGAGAACGCGGUGGUCAUAUUCAGCAUUAGUACGUGUUGCAUGUGUCAUGCUAUAAAGCGGCUGUUUUGUGGGAUGGGAGUGAAUCCAACAGUGCACGAGCUGGACGAGGACCCCAGAGGUGGGGAGAUGGAGAAGGCCUUGAUGACGCUCUUGGGAACCUCCUCUGCCGUCCCCGUCGUGUUUAUUGGUGGUAAGCUGGUGGGCGCCAUGGAUAGAGUCAUGGCCUCCCACAUCAGUGGCACCCUCGUCCCUCUCCUUAAAGACGCCGGAGCUCUCUGGCUUUGACUCCAUUCGUCUCUGCUUCUUUUCUUUAAAGUUUUACAGAGGAAGAGGAGGGUUGAGUGUUCUUUUUUUCUUUUCUUUUUUUUCUUUUUCUGGGUUUGAUUUGUCAGUCCCCACUACUUUGGACAUACUAAUUAUUCAACUAAUUAUUAAUGUUCACUUUCUUCCCAUCAUUUCCUUUGAUCAGACAGGAAUGUAAUCGCUGUUAUCUCCCUCCUCUGUAUUUGCUCAGUAUUUAAUCAACACAUUUUUACUCCUCUUUAAUUGUUUUCUCCAUUUACCCUACAAACACUUCUUUUC